AUGGGCAGGAAAGACCAGGACUUGGGUUUUUGGUUAGACAGCCAUAAGGCCAAAAGCGACUCAGUCCAUGAUAAGACAAGGAACACCAUAAGUGACGACCAACACAUCUCAGCAGGGACUCACCAUUCGUCCACUCACCUCAACGAUGAUGUUCCGAGUAGUCGAACAGAGAGCAGCCACGAGUCUGAUGAGGAGGCGGGCCACAUGCUCUACCACGACGGACUGGUGAUUAAGGAACGCUAUGAGGUGGUGUCAACACUUGGAGUUGGAGCAUUCGGGAAGGUGGUGGAGUGUAUUGACAGAGUCAAAGGUACACAUGUGGCGAUGAAGAUCGCCCGCAACAACAAAAGCUUCUGGCAGGCAGCCAAGUGUGAGGUUGCUGUUUUGGAGGAGAUCAACUCCUUGGAUGACGACAACAGAUUUGCCUGUGUGAGGAUGUUGGACUGGUUCGAGCACCAAGGUCAUGUGUGCCUGGUCUUGGAGCUGCUGGGUCUCAGUACCUAUGAGAUCCUGUGGCAAAACCACUUCCUACCGUUCAGCGUGGAACAGAUCCGACACAUGGCCUACCAAAUCUUCAGAGCUGUCAGUUUCCUUCACCGCAAUAAGCUGACUCACACCGAUCUAAAACCGGAAAACAUCCUAUUUGUUUGCUCUGACUACGACAUGGAGUUCAACAACGAUACGAAACUAGACGAGAUGAAGAUGAGGAGUCUGGAUGUAAAGGUGGUGGACUUCGGCACUGCCGUUUUCGAUCACGAGCACCAUGAAUCCGUGGUGUCAACACGGCACUAUCGAGCUCCGGAAAUCAUACUUGAUCUUGGCUGGAAUCAGUCCUGUGAUGUUUGGAGUUUGGCCUGCGUUCUCAUGGAGUACUACCUUGGACAGAUGCUAUUCCCGACCCAUGACAGUAAGGAACAUUUGGCCAUGAUGGAGAAAGUUCUGGGACCCAUCCCGUCAAAACUGCUGAAACAAACCAGAAAGCAGCAGUACGUCCUCAACGGGCGACUUGACUGGGACGAGCGUAGCUCCUCGGGAAAAUAUGUCCGAAAACACUGCAAGCCUCUCAAGAGUUUCCCGAGGCGCAGUGAGGAUGAGCGGCAGCUGUUUGAUCUUCUGGCUUGCAUGUUUGAUUACGACGUGGACCGGCGAAUCACCCUGGAAGAGGCGCUGUGGCACCCGUUUUUCCAACCCGCCAGAACGGCCAGACAUAAACAAAGCUAG